GGAGCCCACGCAUCAAUCCUUCGUUCGUCUUCCCUCUUCCUGUUCUGUUUCUCGCACCGCUCCCGCGCCCUCCCAUGCUCCUUCUCAAUCUGCUCUAAAUUCCUCUUUCCUCUGUUUUCCCAUUUCGCAUCACAACUUAGUUUCUAUGCUUUAAUAUCCUUAGUCCCUAAUCUUUCUGCUCUUUUUCUCGAUAACUGCGUUUGCACGCCUUCAGAUUUACGCUGUAACCCUAGCUUCCGAUGGCAUCCAAGAAGAAGCAAGCCGAAGGGAUUGCUUUGUUAUCCAUGUACAACGACGAGGAAGACGAAGACAUGGAGGACGUGGAGGAAAAUUUGGAGGCUGCUGGACAGGAGGGGGAGCCACAGGGUGAUGAUGGAGAUGCUCGAGCUGUUGACGGUGAUUUAGUGCCUGAAACUAACAGUAUGAUGGUCUCUGAUUCUGCUGCACUUUUUACCCCGCCACUUGCCAAUGAUGGGAUGACCCCGGAGAAGACUAAAUUUCGGAGUUCAACGCCGCAGCAACCUUCUGUUAGUGCGUCGGUUUCGCCGCAGGAGCGACGGCCGGUGUCAUCGGAUACCAGAAGGAUUAGGAGAGGGGCCCUUACGAUAGUGGACUAUGGUCAUGAUGAAGUAGCAAUGUCACCUGAGCCCGAGGAAGGAGAGUUUGAUGGUAGUGGCCAAGUUACUCUUGGGGAAGACCGUCAAACAGCAAAUGGUGAUUUACCUGGUAGAACGCCACCUGGAACAGUUCCAGUUUUGACAUCUGACAAUGAUGCUAGCAGCCCUCAAUUUUCUGAGCCAUUGAAAUCGGAUGCCAUGAACCAUGAUGCUAUGGUUGGACCAGAUAGUUCAGAACAUGGAGGAACCAUACAAGAAGAGCAGAAAUCUGUUGAUCCAUUGGAUAAAUUUCUCCCUCCUCCCUCAAAAGCGAAAUGCUCCCAGGAGUUACAAAGGAAAAUAAAUAAAUUUCUUCAUUAUAAGAAGGCUGGAAAAAGUUUUAAUGCUGAAGUUCGCAACAGGAAGGACUAUCGGAAUCCUGACUUCUUGCUGCAUGCAGUGAGGUAUCAGGGUAUUGAUCAAAUAGGAUCGUGCUUCAGUAAAGACGUAUUUGACCCUCACGGAUAUGACCCAAGUGACUUCUAUGACGAAAUAGAGGCUGAUAUGAGGCGUGAAAGUGAGAGGAGAGAGCAGGAGAAGAAGAAAGCACAAAAGGUUGAAUUUAUUUCUGGCGGAGCACAGGGUGUAACAGCAGCUGGCGUUCCCAGGAUCAACCUACCCGUUCCAGCUUCAUCUGCUGUGACUGCUAGUGGCUCACAUUUGGCGCCCUCUACAGGCGAUGCUAUCAAUCGAGAUGGAAGACAAAAUAAAAAAUCAAAGUGGGAUAAGGUGGACGGUGAUCAAAAAAAUCCUCUGCCCUCUGUGGGGCAGGAUUCUGUAUCUGCUGUUGGGGCUCAUGCAGCAAUUUUGUCUGCUGCCAAUGCUGGUGGUGGAUACAUGCUAUAUGCGCAGCAGAAACGGCGAGAGGCGGAGGGGAAAAGAUCCAGUGAAAAGAAAUCGGAGAUCAGAUCUUAGCAUUCGUUCUAGUGGGUAGUAAACCUGUAACUGAUAACAUUUACAGAACGGGCAGAGAUCCUGGGCGAUUCAUCUGCCAAUAUAUUAGUUUUGUUUAAUAGUUUAUUCAAUGAUCAGAUGUUUGAUAUUCUCUCAUUUGAUUUGGUUGGAGGGGAGGGAAGAGAGAAUUGUUAUUAAUUGUAUUCAUCAUAAGUGAAUCCUGGAAAAAGAAAAGAAAAAUUAACAAUGCAUUGCAUGUGAUGCUUUGUUGCA